GAAGGAUUGUCGACAUUGACUUACUUAUAAGGAGCUCGUCACAGAUGGCUACUACUGAUCAACGCUGGCGUGUAGCUACCACACAUCGCCGUGGAGGGAGGUUAAAACAACAUUUUGAUCGCGAAGAGCAGGGGUCAGCUCAUCGGCUGCUACUGCAAGGUAGUGAAGACAAGUUUGCCAACUGAGCAUCGAUAUCUGCUUCAUGAGUUUCCAAAAUGUCCCAGUAUCUUUGUUAUACCUCUAGAAUCUUUUCGUCAACCUCGUGCGUGCUUUCCUGAUUGCUUACUCUGCAAAUGCGCUAGUAACACACAUUGCCACAUUGCGUUAGGUCAAUCAGUCAUACGACAGCUGCAGCGCACUCAGCACAAACAUUCGACUGUUUUCAAGACUUCGGCGACGCAACAUACAAAGACCACUCGCGCUUUGCCGUGUAGCUACCUGUCUAUUCGUUCACCUUAAGCUUGGUCAGCUUCAGACCCAUGGCGGUGCUUAGUGCCUUCCCAGGUCUCACAACGGAGAUCAUCGUCGACAGACUGCCUCUUACCGAAUUUAGCGGUGAUGAACCUGAAGCGUCAACCACAAAGACUACCCGCUAUAUCGAGGCGCGCUCGGGGGCUGAAUUCAGCAUAAAGACUACCCUCAGCAGACCCUUUCCGCUAGCAAACGGAGUCGAAGUCAGCGUCAGUGUCGAUGGUAACCUCGGGCGUCGCUUGUUGUUCCGGCCAAAUGACCAGUCCUAUGACUCUGCCGGUUCGAUAAAAGGUGUCCAUUUCAUGCAAGACGGAAAGCGCUACAGUCAAAAUUAUCAGUUCGCAGAGCUUAAUGUUGUUGAAGAUGUUGAAGGAUCUGUAGACUUGAAAGCUUUACGAAAAGAGGUGGAAUCGAAGGGAUGUAUCGAGGUUUCAUACCGUUGGGUCACGAACUUCAGCACUCGAGAUAUACCCGAAAAGGAACACAGAGCGCAUAAUCCCUCUACCGCAGACAAUGAAGACCUGGCAGUUCCAGUUCACAGAAAAGAGCUUCCAACGAUGGGUGCCAUCCCAGAGAAAGCACUGAAGGGUGACACUCGGUCUCACCAAGCUACUCUCGGUGAGCCUAAGAUUCGGACAGCCAGAAGAACCCGAACCUUCUGCGACUACGUGGACCGAAACCCCUUCGGCAUCAUGCAUUUCAAGUAUCGGUCGUUAGCUGCGCUGAAAGCCUUGCGCAUAGUUCUCGACGAGGAACCUCAGACUGGGCGUUUGACGGGCCCCUCUCCAAGAGCCGAUCAGCAUACAGCCGUCACGAGAAGUAGGCAGACCCCUCGAGCUUCACAUCGCGACACUACCAUAUCUCGAGGUGUAAAGGAGGAGAUAAGAGUCCAGGGUCACAUCAAGCGUGAGCGCAGUGUCGGAGAGAAUAUCAAGGACGAGCACGAUGAUUUCACAGUGGUGGGAUCGCGCAGCUGCAAGAGAUCUCGCAACGAUCGAGAGGUUAUCGUGCUGGAUUGAGCGUUGGCUCUAUGCUGUUGUGGCAGUGGAGGUGUCGAAUAAUUCAAACAUGUCAGAGUUUACAUGUACUGUAACUCUUGACACCUCAAAUCGGCGCUCGCAUGAUAUUAUUUCAGUAUUCACUGUGAAUGGGGUGCUCG